AAAUUUUUUUUAAAAAAAAGAAGUAUUUUCUAUAUCAAUAAGAACAUUAGGGCCAGUGUAUUAGAUUUGUCUCUGGUUUCCUGCCAUCUAAAGUAUACCAAAUGUACGAAAUUUAAGUGUAGAUCAUGAAUCAAGAAUCAACAAGCAUUAUUCCUAUCUUUCUCAGAAUUCACCAGCUGUGUGUUCUUUGGAAAAUAGACCGUCCUAUUUAAGGAGCCUCUCACAGAAAUAAAUGUGCCUAAGUGCAUUGUGAUUGGAAGUAAAAAUUACAGCACUCUAGUUACUUACCUUGUAAGCUCGCUUAAAGAUCCCAAAUGUCAGGGUUUGGGGCUUUUUACAAAAUUCUCUGAGCGAUCAUAGGUAUUAAGGUCACAAAUAAUGAACAUUCCUUCAUGUCCUUUAGACGCGCGGUGGGUGUAAAUGGCUGUUAAGAAAGAGCCUUCAUCCUUGAAUACUUCAUUGGGCAAACACUGCUUAUCAAGAUCCGAAAUCCUGUUCCAAGUUGGUUAUGUGCUCAGUCACACCUCCAUUCUUAAACUUUUCUGAUCCUUUUACAAACCAAAGUUCUGAUAAGCACUCAAACCUGGUGAUUACACAUUCCUAGUUGUCAUUGUUAUUUAGAAUGCAAGCUGCCCCUUGCAGGAGGAACAGGCAAAAAGCACCCUCUUGGCUCAUGAGGUAGACAGUGCACGUGUGUGGUGUCCUUGCUGGGACAAUGGGCUCAAAUCAGGGUUUCUCUUUAGUUUUUCUCAAGGUGCCAUCAGCCUGUUUUAAGUGUUAGCUAUUAAUAACACUCGCAGUCCGCUUUAGGCUCUGCCCUGAGCGUUUUCUCUGAGCAAAUUUCCAUAAACCAUCUAAGCCUAUUGUGUUUAUGAAUUGCCCAAAAUAGGUCUCAGAGUGAUGGAGUUCAGUGUAUUCGCAUGGUUUAAAGCCUCGAGGAAAGAAAGGCUUUUCUGUGAGAAAGAAGAUGAUGUCUUCCGGAAGGGCACAGAGCCUAGGCGACAAAUUAUUUUGUCCAGUCUCGCAGCCUAUCACCUGAAAUCUUGUCACCAGCGACUCUGGUAACCGGAGAUUGCCUUUGGACUCCGUAGGAGCACACUCCUGCUUCUAGGCCCUUUUCCAGCAAACAUCUGGCCAAAUCAGCAAGGCCUAAAUGAAACAGCUGGAAAAAGAUCACCGAAGGGCCAGCAACGUAUUGGCUGUUCACAAGAGCCGGUGUCUUAGCUCAGGCUGCUAUAACAUCACCGUGGAGUGGGCAGCUUAACCAACAAACAUAUGUUUCUCACAGUUCUGGAGGCUGGCUGGGAAGUCUAAGAUCAAGGUGCUGGCAGAUUCCGUGUCUGGUGAGAGUCCACUUCCUGGGUCAUAGAUUUCACCUUUCUGCUGUAUCCUCACAUGACAGGAGGAAUAAGGACCUUUCAGGGGUCUCUUAUGAGGGCACUAAUGCAUUCAUGAGGAGCCUACCCUCACAAUCUAAUCACCUCCCAAAGGACCCACCUUCCCAUGUCACCAUAUUGGGGGCCAGGACUUCAACAUAUGAAUUUUAGGGAGACAAACAUUCAGUCCAUAUCACCUGGCUAGGCAUCUUACGCCAAGAUUGAAGAGCAAAGGAUCCAAGGCACGCAUGUGCUCGGGAGUACAGACCGCUUGCCCAGGAACUUCAGAGGCUGUACAGGAGCCUCAAGGCCAUGGCAACUUUUAGAGGAAGCCCAUGACAUGUCAGGAAGGAGCAGAUGGCAGACGGCUUGCAGUGGAUGGGUCCAGGUGCACUGCUUCUCCAGCUGCUUUCAGCAGGCACACUUCUUUCUUCUUCCUCUCCAAUCACUUAGGCAAUCAUUUCUAAAGAAGAUAGGCCACCCAUGUUUUCCCUCCUCUGGUACUUCAUGGGUACCACAAUGCAAAACACUCCCUUUGACAUUACUAACAUGUUUAAAGGAACUUCCCUCUACAACACCUUUCAUUAUGAAUACAUUAGAAUACAGUAUUCUAAUAAAUUAGUGUUAAGUAGGGAAGGGAAAAAAAAACCAAUUUUCAAGUGAAUGUUUUUUUCAUACCAGGGUAAAGGGCUAACUCUUAAAAGCUUAGGAAAAUCAGCUUUUGCAAAUUAUCUUUUCUGAAGCUUCCAGCUGUAUUGAAUGCUGACAGGUUUUUAAGCACUGAGAUGAAAGAGACAAAUUCUUUUUCUUUUGCAUUGCUAAUUGCAAUUCUGCUGAGCACUAUGAAGCCUGCUUUCCUCUUGAGACAUUUGCCAGCAUACGUUAAUCGCACAAAUAUUUACAGACUGCUAAAGCACAGGGGCAGCUUAUACCAAAAAAGAUACAGAACACUUGAAAAAAAAAAAAACACCCUUUCUAACACAUCACAUUUGUGGCCAGCUACCCAGAAUCAGUAUAAACUAUUUGCCCCUUGGCCUCAGCCAAUGUGUUUAAAGAACAUUGUCCCUGGGUUGAUUUAGUGUUUACUUGGCUGCUAAAGUCUUUCUUCAAAAGCCUUGACACUUCUUUCCCUCAGGGUUAAAAAUAAGGUUUCCAAAAAUGUAUAUUCAUCUUAUGGAUUGCUGUAUUGUCAACCAUUAAUCUCUCAGGCCACCCAGAUGGCACAGAAGAGGUCUAUCCAAUGGUUUCCGAACCCCAAGGAGCUUCAGGAAGCUAAACAGAGGAAGCUAGACGACUUGACUAGCAAAGCCACAAACUCUUAGUACCACCUUGUUUUCCUAGCAUGCUAGUUAAGAACAAAGGCUCUGGACUCCCGACAGCCCUGUUCAAAUCCUUGCUUUGUCACUUCCAAGUCGAAUGACCUUGAAGAAUCUCUCAACCUCCAUAAGCCUUGUUUCUCCAUCUUAAAAUGGAAAUAGUCCUAUGUAGGUAGAGCCUGUAAGGAGUAAAUGAAAUAAUGAAUACAAAACACUUAGCACAAUGCCUGGCACACAGAAACUCCUGAAUAAAUGUUUGAUGGUGUUUUUUAAACCAGUGUGAACUUAUAAAUAAUUUAGGCCACAGAAAGAAGAGAGGGAAAGGUGGGAAAAAAGGAAGUACAAGUGGAUCCUAAUAUCCAAAAGAGCCUCUUUUGAGAAUAAUGGCUACCCAUGCAGAAGAGAGGAGGGACAUGGGCAGGAGCUCAAGCUGGCAAGUUGCUAAAAGAUCACAGGAAGGCAAGAGAGUGUUAUAGCCUCAAGCCAAAGCUUCAGGGUAUACAGAUGCCCAGGAAAAUACAGGGUGCCCAGUUAAGUUAGAAUUUCAAACAUUUUGGGGGGAUAAGUAUAUCCCAAAUAUUGCAUGGAACAUACUUACGUUAACAAAAAAUUAUUGCUGGGGCACCUGGGUCUCUGGGUUGGUUGAGCGUCCGACUUCGGCUCAGGUCAUGAUCUCAUAUUCGUGGGUUCAAGGCCUGCAUCAGGCUCUGUGCUGACAGCUCAGAGCCUGGAGCCUGCAUCGGAUUCUGUCUCCCUCUCUCUCUGCCCCUCCCCUGCUCACGCUCUGUAUCUGUCUCUCAAAACUUAAAUUAAAACAUUAAAAAGUUAAAAAAAAAAACUUAAAAAAAUUAUUGCUUAAUUGAAAUUCCAAUGUAACUGGGAAUCCUGUUUCUGAGAGGUUUUUUUUUUUUUUUUUUUGUGUGUUUUUUUUUUUUUAUUGUUUGUGUUCUGUUUCAUUUUGUUGUUACUGUUUUGGUUUUUUGUUGUUGUUUGUUUGUUUGUUUUGCUCCAUGUGGCCGCCCUGGCCCUAACUUCGCAGGCAGCUGCUCUGGCUGUCCUCACCUCAUCUUGGCCCUGAAUUCCCACCUCACGUUGAGAGGAGUCAGAGAAAUAAUGUGUGGGAAAUGGCUUUGCAAACUCCAAAGAACUAUAACAUCAAGUAAGGAGACAUUUCUUUCAGUGGGCGUUGUUAUGAAAACACUGAGUCAUCAAGCAAGAGCUGGGUCUUUGUGAAUUUAAGGAGAUGUAUGGAAAAUUCCGAGGAGUUUGGGGAGUGUAUUCAGAAGGGGAGCCUCAAAGGACCCCAACGAGAGGGACUAGACGUGACGCUGGUCAACUGUGGCUGCACUGAGACUUACCUGGAGUGCUUUUCCGGUCCCCAGGGAGCACCUAGACCAAGUGAGUCAGGACCUCUGAGAGUGGGGCCGGGACCAGUGUCGUUAAACCUCUCCAUGUGAUUCCAUUUUGUAGCUGAGCUUGCAGACCAGUGGUAGAAUACACCUGUAAAAGGGACGUUGAACAGCCAAAUGCCACUAGAGAAAACCAUACAUCCAUCAGACAGGUCUCUUGGCAAAUUCAAGAUCACCCAUCUCAAGAGGCUCUCAACUCUCCCAGCAUCAAGAAAUACUUGUAGAGUGGGGAAAUAUCCACGGAAGGUGCUCUGGGAAUUCUGAAAUGAAUGGACUGCGUGCAGGUAGAGAAACAAACAAAGAGACAAAGCUAAUAGAUGAGGGCAGAAGGGAACCAAAUGGGAAGAGUAAUUUGGAAGCAAAAGGAAGAGAGGAUUUCAACAAGGCUUGACUGCCAUUCCCUCUUGUGAGUAAAACUCUUAUUUUUAAGACUUAUUGGGUGGCUGUACAAGACAGCCUGUCUAGUUCCACCCUGUUGAUGACAACUCUCUUAUAGAUGAAGAAGCAGAUCAUCCUGGAGAUUGUUGGUGUGUGCAACUGUGCUGGAGAAGGCAGGCUUUCGUUUCCUCAUCUGGCACAAAGGAAUCCUUCCUACUUUCCCCAGGAGGACGUUGGGAGGAAAUGGAUUGGUGGGAAGCAAAAGGAUUAUUUCAGUAGUAAUGACUGCAGGAGGUCAAGGCAAGGCUGAGGUUGUUCUCAAUAAGAAUCAUUGUGACUAAAGACAACGGCUAGUGGGAAUUUUUUUUCUUUGUUUGCCUUUAUUUUUUGAUGCUAGACAGCUGGAAUGCCAAGAGCAGUUCUGUGCCAAGCCACAAAAAGACUGAAAGCCCAGGACUUCCCCUCGGACAAUAGCUUCCCUUUUAGUUUCGGGCAAGAGUAAAAUCUGUCCUAAGAUAGUUUAGGAACUUCCUGUUGGUUCACAUUUCAAGCAGCUUGUAUUUAAUUUUCACCUUGCCACUCAGAGCUCAGAGUGAACAGGAGACCCAGGGACAGGGUACUUUGCUGAGAACUGACCAGCGACCGGCUGGCUGCCUGUAAGUAUUGCUUGGUUUGAAUGUUUUAGGUUCUCAAGGCUUCUGGAAAUCGGAAAUAUUAACUGAGCAAAACUGCUGUUAUGGGCUCUUGGUUCAUAACUUUCUUGGAUUGGAUAGUCAGAAGGAAAUAGGACCUCUUGAUAUCACAUUCAUCAUAUCCCAGGUGACAUUAAAAUGAACAGGUUAUAGACAAUGAUAGUGGGUGUAGAUUCUCUUGAAUGGGAUCAAAGAGAUAAAUCUGAAAGGCUUUUUUUGUUCUGGGGUAAUGACAAGAAAUGCAACCAGAACUACAAAAAGGUUUAAUUAUUUUAUUUUAUUUUAUUUUAUUUUAUUUUAUUUUAUUUUACUUGAGAGAGAGAGAGAGAGAGCGCACAAGCAGGGCGAAGGGGCAGAGGGAGAGAGAGAGAGAAUCUCAAGCAGGCUCCGUGCCCGACACAGAGCUUGAUCUCACCACCCUGGGAUCAUGGCCUGAGCUGAAAUCAAGAGUUGGACACUCAGCCAACUGAGCCACCCGGGUGCCCAAAUUCUCUUUUUUCAAAGAGAAAGAGAAGCAAAGUGGUUCAGACAGCAACUCUCAAGUUAGAAUUCUGGAUCUGUUUCUUUUUAAUUAUGAGAUCAAAGGCAAAUUGCUUAGUCUCUCUGAUAACAGUUUCUCUAUCUGUAAAAUGGGUAUUGUACCAUUAUAAAACUAGUAUAAGCUUUAUAGUAUUAUAUAUAAAAACAUAUGUGAAAUCUAUAUGUUUUAUAUAUAAAAAUACGUAUGAAAUUGAAUGCAAUUUCAUAUUUAGUGUAUAAUUUUGUUUAUAUAACAUAAGCUUAGGCUUAUUUUGCUUAUGUGAGCAAAAUUUAUAUAAUAGGUUUCAUAUAUAUAAUGGAUUUCACAUAUGUAUACAUAUACUGGUUUUAAUAUAUAUAAUAUGAAAUAUAUUAUGUAUGAAAUCCAGUAUUUAUAUACAUAUACACUCGAAUCUUGAACAACAUGGGGGUUAGAGGUGAUGACCCCCCAUGCAGUUAAAAAUCCACAUAUAACUUUUGACUCCCCCAAAACUUAACCACAAAUAGCCUACUAUUAACCAAAAGCCUUACUGAUAACAUAAAAAGUCAGUUAACACAUAUUUGAGUGUUAUAUGUUAUAUAUAAUACGCAAAAUAUGUAUCAAGGGCCCUUUGCUUCCCUCCCAUUUUACCGGCACUGCCCAGGCACUGAAGUGCUCAAUGCUUUCUUCUGUUUUGAAAGUCUUACUAAUUCAAGGUAAGAAUUGAUCACCGACACAUCCCUGGUUUCGAAGAUCUCACCUGCCCUGAGGCCCUUUACCCUGUAGGAUCCCCCUUCUCUCACGGCCCCACGUUGGUCAAGGGAUCACCAGCAUAGCUGCCCAGGACAGGGCUCCACCUCUCAGAGUCAGUUUCACCACGUGGACCUCAGUCCCCAGAGUCAGGCAGACACCUGUGGCAGUUGAAGAACAGGGUCCCUGCUCUUUGGUUUUCCCCUGGAGAAAGCAAGUUCCUGGCAUGGAGAAGCACUUAUCUUAUGCUUCCUCUUGGCUAGAAAUGCUUUCUCAGCUGCAUUUGGUCCAUAGCAUCCUGCCUUCUGCCCUGUUCUUGUCUCUUCUCCUCCGUGCUGCUUCCCCCAUGGACUUUGUUGUCAGAGUCACUUAUGGAGCAGGAGCAGAGAAGGCCCAGGGAACAUGGUCCCUUCAGUCAUGCUAGCAACCCCUCCACAGACCUGUCCACUUGGUGAGCACAAGCAGCUUGGAUAUAUCCUUGUAACUGUGGCUACUAUCAGCCUUGGGAACAGAAUGGAAAGUGGGGGGCUGAUAACCCAUCUCAGCAGCAUUCCUGGGCACCAUCCUGACACUGGAUGUUUGAGUGGUUAAUCAGUGAAACACGCUGUUGUUUGAGGACUAACCGACAUUUAUUUAACUCUUCCUUUUGACAGAGGAGAACAGACAGCCAUAAUGGAACCCAAACCUCAGAAGAGUCCAGGCAAACAAUUUACAUUUUAUUAUGAAAAUGAAGUCUGCAAACAAGAUUACUUUAUUAAAUCACCACCUCCUCAGCUUUUCUUCUCUGCUUCUUCUUGGAAAAAGCGGUUUUUCAUUCUGUCAAAGAGUGGGGGAAGGAGACUUCACGUCUCCUAUUACAAAGACGAACAUCGCCGAGGUUCCAUUGAAAUUGACCGAAACUCCAGUGUAGAAGUUGGCAUAAGUAGCCAUGAAAAAAUGCAAUCUGUAUGUAAGAUGUUCAAAUGCCACCCUGAUGAGGUGAUGUCCAUCAGAACCACUAACAGGGAAUAUUUCCUCAUUGGCCAUGACAGGGAGAAGAUUAAAGACUGGGUCUCCUUCAUGUUAUCAUUUUGCUGGGACGUCAAAGCAGCACGCCAGAACACAGAGCAGGAGAAAUUCUCCCUGGGUGGUAAAAGGCCUUCUUCAGACCCCAGUCCUCUCCUUGGUCCUUCCAGCGCGUCAGAGGCUGUCAACCCCACCCCACCAAGAAAUAGUCUUCCAGACAUGCAUUUCAUGGAAAACAAUUCUCCAGGACUCAGACAAGCUCAUCUGCCACAUGAUUUCUUGUCAGAGACUACUGAAGAUACAGAAGAAGAGAGUCAUUAUAUUAGUCCUCAAAGUAUUCUUUUACAGUUGGAUAGUCUUAUUGCUUCCGAUGAUUCUGGUCAACCUGCUGAACCUGGUAGUCCAGAACAGUUCUCGGAGACAAAUGAACAUCAUUACAUGCCAAUGAAAUCCUGUUUUUUCAGAGAGACAUCCCACAAGUCUGCUGAUAGCAAAGAGGGAUCCCAGGCCCUUCCAGAGAUCCAGAACGGGGGGCUUCACUUGCAAGAACAAGGCUCACAAAGUGACUCUUGUCUUCCACCUGCCAAUAUGGAAGCACAGACCAUGAAUGACAAAAAGGGGUUGGCCUCACUUACUGUUGUGCAAUUAUCUAUACUAAUCAAUAACAUCCCUGAUGAAAGCCGAGUGGACAAACUGAAUGUGUUCCUUUCUCCUUCUGACGUCAUAAAUUAUCUUAGUCUCACGGAAGCUGCAGGACGGAUAUGUGUGGCUCAGUGGCAAGGCCCCCGGCACCUGGGAUGUUUAUUUUUUCACGGAGAUCACAUCUUGGCUGUGAAUGACCUGAUGCCCCAGGGCCUGGAGGAGGCUUCCUUGUUUCUCAGUCGGUCUGUCCAGAAGGAGAAAAUAAAACUCACCAUCGGCCGGAUCCCAAAUUCAGAGAAAUUCCAUGCUGUCGGCUGUACGUGCCCCUUAAAAUACAAAGGUGUUGUACCUUGUCGACUGGGUGAGUCUGGACUGGAGAAGACCCUGAAGAGGAAUCCAGCCAUUAAAAAGCGUCAACACCAACGAACUGGAGAGUCACACGCCAGGACCCACUGCUGAGGAGCAAGGGUGGGCCCUAGACUCUGCUGGGGCCCUGCCUCUCCCUCUCACCGCCGCGUGAGAUAACGCACAUCAGCACUCCUCUCUGAUUUUCCGUACCUACCCCUUAACGGCGGGGAAAACUAUCACCUCUCUGGCUAUUCAUCAGGGAUGCUGAGAGGGCCCAGGGGGAUGAUGACUGUGGAACGCAGAGAAAAUGUAAGGCCUUGUUAGCUCAGACGUUGUCCCACACACCACAGAGAUUGUUAAGUCCCUCAUCUGAAAUGCACUGUGUGUUCUCUGAGGUCAUGGUCCGCACAAUCCCUUCUUUGUUAGGGAACAUACAAUCGGAAACGCUCUUUCCAGGAAGGCAAGAUUCCCGAGAGACGUGAUACCAUAUCAGCCUUCCCAAACACCUCCCCCUAUUCAUCACACCCACCCAUGGUCCAAAAUGCUGAGGCAGGGUGGCCCCUUGGCUUCAAUAAUCAUCUGGUUUUCUUAAAGACCCAGAAACUAUUCUAGAAGUUGAAGCGGUUUUAGGUCGCAUACAGCAAAGGUCUGUUUUCUCUACAAGUAAUAAGGCAACAACUUAGCACUUCUACGUUUGAAAGGUCGUAACUGAUUGGCGCAUUAACCAAUUGAUCCUACAAGGCCAAAAACGUCAAAUCUUUUUUCAUAAGUAGGAAGACAAAGGCAGCGAAAGGACUAAUCGAAUCCGGGAACGUUGGAGCAAAAGGAGGCUUCAGAAAAUAUAUCUUACUAUGCUGUCAUUUUUGUGCAGGAAGACGUCAAGGCCCCAAACGUUUAAUACAAACAAACAAAACAGAAGCAGACUCAUACAUACAGCAAACAAAAUGGUGGCUGCAGAGUGGAGGUGAUGGGGGGGGACAGGCAAAGUAGGUGAAGGAGAUUAAGAGGUACAACCCUCCAGUUAUAAAAUAGGGAAUGAAAAAUCCAGCGUGGGGAAUAUAGUCAAUAACAUUGCAAUAACAUUGCACGAUGUCAGAUGGUGACUCCAUUUAUGUGGUAUGCACGGCAUAAUGUAUAGAACUGUUGGAUCACUAGGUUGGACACCUGAAACUCAUAUAACAUGCUAUGUUUUAAAAAAUAAUAAUAGUAACAAUAUACUUCCUUUGUAGUUCCCAGUUUCAUAGCUGUUUAGUGACAGACCAAGAAUCUAAAACCAGCUCUGAGAAACAGAUGUCCUGCUCCUCACUUUGUAUUUGGAUUUAGGUUUGAAAAGACCUUGUGCAGUUAGAAGAAACAUUCAAAUACAGUUCAUUUUCUGUUUUCCAGAUUGUACAGAACAUAUACAAAUUUUUAGUUUACUGUUCCUUUUUUUAAAAAAGUGUUUUAAUGCUUAUUAUUUUUGAGGGAGAGACAGAGACAGAGAGCAAGCAGGGGAGGGGCAGAGAGAGAGGGAGACCCACCAUUGAAAGCAGGCUCCAGGCUCUGAGCUCUCAGCACAGAACCCAACGUGGGGCUCGAACUCACAAGCUGUGAGAUCGCGACCUGAGUGGAAGCCGGACGCUUAACCAACGGAGCCACCCAGGUGCCCCUUACUGUUUCUUUUUUAAAGCUGGAUUGAAGUUAAGACUUUGCCUUUUUUCUAGCUUUAUUAAAAUGUAAUUGACAUAUAGCACUGUAUCAGUUUAAGGUGUGCAACGUAAUGUACAACCUUAUGCAACCUCCUGUUUCUAUUUCCCAGAAAUUUGUGCUACAGAACUACUCACACAAAUAUACAAAAAUUAUUUUUUAAUGCUCACUGUAGCAUUGUCUGUAAUAAUACAAAAAUUCUUCAGGGAUUGCUUCAUUGGGAUGACCUCAUGUAAUUCAAAACUCUGCAGGUGUUAACUGUUCGGCAUGUGCAGUCAUGGAAAGAUGUUCACAAUAUAGUAAGAACGAAAGAAGCAAGUUGCAGAACAGUAGGCAUAACAUUGUCCCAUUUUCGCAAAACUAAAGUAUUGGUAUCCGUGUAUAUGUAUGUGUGUGUACACAACUUUCCCAACUCUAAUGAAAAAUACCUACCUUGAAGGCUUGUUAUGAGGUUUAAAUGGGUGACAUUCGUACAGCACCUAGCUCACUGCCUGAUAGGUCGUGAGCACUCAGUCAAUGUUAGGUCUGCUGCUGCUUUGACAAUGCCUUUUUGUUCAGUCUCGAUGAACUUAGAUCUAGUUCUUAAUAAGAACCAUCUCUGAGAAGUAGGACCAAGAUUGGCCAUGUGGGGGAAGCAUUUCUGUAACGUUUGAAUUUUUUUUUUUUUUUUUUUU